AUGAAGCCGGAUACAUCCUCUGAUGGAGAGUCCCAGGGUACGUCUCCUCUUAGGUGUGUGACCAGGAGAAGACUUGCUGCCAAUGCCAGAGAGAGGAGAAGGAUGCAAGGACUCAACACAGCCUUUGACAGUCUGAGGAGAGUGGUGCCCCAGUGGGGUGAGGACAAGAAACUCUCCAAGUAUGAGACUCUCCAGAUGGCGCUGAGCUACAUCAUGGCUCUAAGAAGAAUCCUCUCAGAUGCAGAGAGGUUUAGCUGUGCUGGAGAAUGGAUGGACGUUCAGCACUUUGGCCAUCUGGGGCUGGAUAAAUGCUAA